GUUGCUGAGAAAUUAAACGAUGCGUUUCAAAGGAUGCAUGAAGAUAUGCAGUGGCGGUUGCAAUGCAACUUCCCGCUCCGUUGCUCUAAACCCUAACCUAAACUAAAACCCUAUCCAGAGGUCGUGAUCACCAUUUGUGUAAAACCCUCAUGGCGAUGAAAACCGUCGAAGAAGACGAAGUGGGUAUCUCCUGCUUCAUUUCCGACCUUCCUGGCUUCCGCGGAGUUUUAAAGCAAAGGUAUUCUGAUUUUAUUGUGAAUGAAGUGGACAGAGAUGGAACAGUUGUUCAAUUGACCUCACUCGAUGCCCCUGAAGAGGAGCCAGAGAGUGUUCAGGAAAAUGGAACCAACUCAUCUGACACUGUUGUAAGUUAUGCCUCUCGAAUUGAAUCUUUUAAGUCUCUUGCUGGGGAGUCUGAUGCAAUUCUUUUGGAAGAAUUUAUCAAUAAAAUUAAUGCUGGUGGAGAAGAUAGUUUUUCUCCCAUUGUUCUUUCUCCGGAUUCUGAUAAGUCUCAUCGAAAGGCAGUGCAUAACUUCUUUAAGGAAAACUUUAAGUUCCUCGUUACUGAUGUGGUUGACGGACCCGAUCCUUCCUUGAAAUGUAUCCGCGUGAGAUUGAAUUCUGCUGAACCGAACAACAAAGCCAAAAACUCCAAGAAACGGAAAGAAAGGGGUGGUAAACCCUUUGACAGCCGAGGUUCAGAAAAUUGGCCUGAAAAUGCUGGAAAGUUCCUCAGGUUCCAUAUUUACAAAGAAAACAAAGAUACCCAUGAAGCCUUGGGGGUUAUUGGAAGUAUGCUUGGUAUCCAGCCAAAGUCAUUUGGAUUUGCUGGUACGAAGGAUAAGCGUGCUGUCACAACACAAAGGGUUACUGUUUACAAGCAGCGAGCAAGUCGGCUUGCUUCACUUAACAAGCGCUUGUUUGGUAUUAAAUUGGGUGAUUUCUGUUAUGUUAAGGAAGGACUUUGUCUUGGCCAGCUCAUGGGAAACCGAUUUACAAUUACCUUGCGAGGCAUCGUUUCAGAUUCUGAAGAUAUCAUAAAAGCAUCUGCAGAUGCCUUGGGAAGGCUUGGCUUCAUUAACUACUUUGGUCUACAGCGUUUUGGAAGUGGUUCUCUGCCAACUCACCUUAUUGGAGGUGCAUUACUUCGAGGGGAAUGGAAACUUGCGGUUGACAUGAUUCUUGAUCCAAGAGAAGGAGAGAGAAUUGCAAUCGCCAAGGCACGUAAGUACUAUAAAGAAAGUAACGAUGUUGUUGGGACACUUAAGCAGUUGCCUCGAUAUUUAGUUGCUGAAAGGGCUGUGCUGCAAUCAUUAAAGACGUCUCCAGGAAAUUAUUUGCAGGCUUUGAAAAGCAUUCCAAGGACUCUGAGAAUGUUGUAUAUACAUAGUUACCAAAGCUAUUUAUGGAACCAUGCUGCAAGUAAGAGGGUGCAAAACUAUGGAACUGAACAAGUAGUAUUAGGGGACUUGGUAAAUUUUAAAGGAAAUUCUACUGCAAAAGUUACAGAGUUUGUUGGAUCUGAAUAUACUGAAGACUGUAGUGGUGGAGGGUAUGAUUCCAAUAAUGAGGAUGAUAUAUCUGUAGAUAUUCAUGAAGACAUAAAUACUUGUGUCAAGGUUGUUGAUGCUGAAGAUCUUAUUUCUGGAUGCUACACAAUUGAUGAUGUCAUCCUUCCUAUGCCAGGUUCACGGGUAAAAUAUCCAACCAAUAAUAUUGCCAAUGUUUAUGAAGAUUUAACAAAAAAAGAUGGAAUCAGUUUAACUGAAAGUGUGCACAAUGUGGAGGAAUUCUCAAUAACUAGUAUCACUGGCUGUUACCGGAGGGUUUUUCAAAAGCCAAUUAACUUUGAAUGGGAAUUGCUUACAUACUCCGACAGUAAUAAGCAGCUGGUAGAGACAGAUUUAGACAAAAUUAAUAAGUCUGCACCUAAGAAUACUGUCAAACCAAUUGAUGUAGGAAAUGGGAAAACUGAUGAAGCCUUUGAUUGCAUCCGAGAGUCAGAGAGUUCUGAUGACUUUCCAAAGGAUAAGAUCUCCGGUGAGGUAAAAUUACAUCAUGGCGAAUCUCUUGGUGAUUCCAGCUCUCAAGAUUCCCAUAUUGCUCUCAAAUUGAGCUUUACUCUUCCUGCUUCAUGUUAUGCUACAAUGGCCAUAAGGGAGCUGCUGAAGACUUCAACAUCUGUUGCAUAUCACAAGACAUUAAACCAAUAGUAUGCGGAAAGAUACCCAUUUAGCAAUAUUUUCUGGAGGAGAAAGUGAUUUAUAGAACAGGAGACAACAGCGUGAACAGCAUUUUACUAAUUCUAUGUUGCUAUAAUAUCUUGUUAGAUGAACUGAGAAAUUUAACUGUACUAGUAUUUUGAUUAUUGAAUUUUAUUUUUAUUAUAAUUAAAAAAAUUAAAAAUAGAUA